CAGAACAACUGCCACGAAGAACAUGUCAGUGACGCUACACACCAAGACCGGGCCCAUAAAGAUUGAGCUAAUUUUGAAGAACGAAGCUCAAGCAAAACAUGUCCAAAAUUUCUUAAGACAUUGUGCCAAAGGGUCAUAUAAUGAUAACAAAAUCUUGAGAUUCAUUCCCAAGUUUAUAUUACAAAGUGGGGAUCCUUCUAAUUCUGGAAAAGAGUCCAAUCCUGCCGAUGUCAACCAUCCCAUAGAUAAGCUUGUUAAGUCGCAUGAACUUCGAAUUAGUGAAGAGCCUGCCUUUGAAAUUAAAAGAGGGUCAGUUUUGACGGUGAAUAAUCUAGAUAUGGUUGAUAAAUUAGGAUCACAAUUCUUCAUCUGUCUUUCGGACGAGUACAAGAGUUCAUUGAUUGAAGAAGAAAGGUAUACUGUGAUCGGAAACGUUAUUGAUGGACUCGAAGCAGUUGAAACAAUCGAAAAGGAUCCUGAACUUAAUAAUGAAGAAAAAAUGAAGAAGAAUGGUAAACUAAGAGGAAAAUGGAAAAAAGAAACUUGGAUAAAUGAAGUUGAGAUUCAUAAUAAUCCAUUUGCAGUUAGUUAGCUUUUGAAUUCAGUCAAAUUCUCCCAAAUUACCCAAGAUCUCAGCAAAAUCCUUUAUUGUAACGGAAGAUCCACUUUUGAUUUUAUAAAAGUCGUAAUUAGACAUAUUACCAUUGGGGUCUGUGGAACAACAUCCCAACAUGUCUAUCAAGAAUGAGUCACCUAAAGAGUAUUUCC